AUGUCUCCCUCAUCACCCUGCCCAAAGAUGCAAAACCUAACACCAGGUGAAAAAGCUAAAGAUGAGAAGGAUGCAGAUUAUGCGCCUUCACAUCCAAAUCCCUUGACUUUAUCACCAAACUCUAAGCAUUUUGAAUUGAAGGAACAUAUUGAUAUAGUCAAUGACUACGAUGAUGGUUGUGGAACGUCUGGGAAAGAAAAUUCCAUCAAAAGGAAAUUCGACUCGGCUAUUGAUGUUAAUUUAACACAUCCAGUUGAAAUUGAUGAUGAGAUUGCUGAAGUAGAUGUCACUGAUGAUGAAACGGACAAAGGCUCCAAUGCUGCAGAAGCUCUUAGAUCUUUGGUGAAUGCUGAGGCAAGAAAGGAGCAGACUUCAAGUGCAAGCAGUAGCAGUGAGAGUGAAAGUAGCGAGAGUGGAAGUGGAAGUGAGAGCGAGAGUGAGAGUAGUAGUGGCAGCAGAGAUAGUGAAAGCAGUGCUGGUGACUCACUAAACUCUAUAUAA